AUGAACAUGUCCAGGGACCCGCAGCCAGCGACAGCCAGGAGACAUGCCGCCCGGCGUCGGCCUCCUCGGGCGUCGCGGGCGUGUGAGACUUGUCGCGGGCGCAAGACCAAGUGUGAUCAAGCGCAACCAUGCUCUUACUGCUCAUACCACUCUCUUGAUUGCUUCUACCGCGGAGGAACUCCUCAACGUACCCCAGUUCCAAGGCGUCAGCAAAGACAUAAAGGCCGACCAUCUCCAUGGCCUGAGAUAAAUGAUACCCGCGCCUCUCCGGACAGUCCCGGUGUUUUGGGGAAUAAUGCUCAGGUACAGUUGCCGUCUAGGUCUCCCAGUGCACCAGGUACUCCUGGUCCUAACACUCUGGUUGUAUCACCGGAGCUCGGCGACUCAGCCUCACGGGACGGCCUGAGUGGUGUGAAUCUGCACACAAAAGGGACCGAGUUCUACGGGAACUCGUCUAACCUGGCUUUCCUUGGAAACUUGUACAUGCGUGCUCAGAACCAGGCAAACAGUAGAGCGGCAGAUUCGGCUGAGCUGCAUGUCUCCGCGAGUACACCGCGUAUUAUGGUGGGGAAUCCGCAGUCUGAUAUUACCCCUGACACCUCGCAGUCCGAUGCACAGUCGGAUCGUCGAGCAAGGGCCGGUCCUCACAAGGCACAACUGUCUAUCGUCAACCUUCUGUACAACCCCAGCUACCCGGAUCACUCCCAGGACCAGAGGGGUGGAAAUGACGAGGAAGGUAGUAGGAGGAAAGAGUCGCAGCGGGGUGCGCCUCGUAGCUUUGCGGGACACGACCGAGCAAUUGUCCCCGUUGUCGAAGAAUUGGCAGCCGAGGCCCAACUAGAGAUCGAAAAGCUUUUCAUCGGCAGCUACUUCUCGAACAAGCAUUACAUCCACCCUAUGCUCAACAAAGCGGCCUUCAUGCACAGGUGCGAGAAGGAUGCAUUUGACCUUCGCCGGCGGCCUGGGUUCAUGCGCGGCUCAUCCAGGUUUUCUGGUCUAUACUUUGCCGUGGUGGCCCUGGGCGCCAUUAAUGCUAGCUCUGAAGAGACAUCUCUACUAGAACAUUAUUGUACCAAUUCUACGGCCGAAAGGCAGGAGGCGGAAUCUGCCUCUCAGCCCUCCGCUCUCGACUUUGCAGAUUUUUAUUUCAAGACAGCUAAGCAGGCCAUCGGGGAUCUGUUUGAAGGCUGCUGUCUAGAGAGCGUUCAGGCGUUGCUACUAAUGAGUAUAUUCUGUCAAAACGCUCUCCGCCCGCACAGCUGUUUCAUGUAUAGCGGCAUGGCUGUGAGGACGGCCGUGGCGAUUGGCCUUGCGUCUGGAAUGUCCUCCCUUCCUGCUGCUAUGCGCAGGGAGGCCCGGAGGACGUGGUGGUGUAUAUAUUCUCAUGAGAUUGAAAUGUGCUGCUCGUCCGGUCGCCUUGACAGCAUGAAAGAGCUCUGCUACUACCAAGUCCCGUUACCGACCCUGAAGGCGAGCCCCGGGAGUCAGUUAGACCUCGAUGCCGAGGACAACGACGUGGCAAUGAUCCCUGUUAUGGUUGCCCUGGCCCAGAUCAUGUCUGCGGCGUCUCAUCAACUCUAUCACUCUCCAAAGCGAUCACUCGAAGAUAUGUCCCGGAUUGCCAUGGAUCUAGAUCGGAAAUUACUGGACUGGAAAACCGGUAUCCCAAAGUUUCUAGACAUUGACGUUGCCUCCCUCAAUGAUCCGGAAUGGGCGUUCAAGCAGAAGCUGGUUCUGCGACUGAGAUUCUACAACACGCGCAUCUUAAUCCACCGCCCAUUCCUCGCUGCGGCAACGUCCAGCGUCAGCUCUCCAGCCCUACAGCAGCACCUACACAUCUGCCUCGAAACAGCCCGGACGAACAUCCACAUGCAAUACGAAUCAUUCCUCCACCGUUUAUAUAUCAGAACCUGGUGGUACAAUACAACAUACGCCCUCUACGGCGCCAUGAUCCUGCUCCACGUCGUUCUAGCCGGCAGCACCUGCGGAGCACCAGACUCAACACUCCUACAUGAUGUGGAAAAGAGCCUUGAAAUCUUCGAGUCGAUGAACAAUAUCGUUGUUGCGCGGCGGUGCGCGGAGAUGAUCCGGGAGGUUUUGGAGGUUGCGCGUGCUUGCGUCGUCAGACGGUCUUCGAUUGAGGCUAUGAAUGACAAGUCUUCGAACACACUGCCAUCUGGACAGCAGCAGCCGCUGCAAUACACUGGUAUACAAAGUACACAGUUCGGGGUGGGCAGUUCUCUGGAUCGAGGCAACAGCUCAACGCUUGGUCCGGAAGGUGGUGGGAGCGUUGAUUCAGCUGCUGCCUUUACUCUCCCAGGUGAUACUCCAGCUACCGAGGGCGGGGAUUUCUUUUACUCCCUGUUCAAUGACCAGGGUGCACAACCAGGUACACGGGCAGAGAUGCUGGCGAACUUGGUUGACCCGACUGUUCUGGAGGACUUUGCGUUUGGGAGUGGGCUCGGAGGUGAGCUUUCGUUUCUUUAA